ACAACUGGCAGUGUUAGUCCAAAGAGGUGUGCCGUUAAAGGUUAACUAUUUUAUGCACAAAUUCUAUUGGGAACCCCAUCCCUGUAAUGCUCUGAAAGAAAACAGUGACUUAUGCUUUUUCCUUUCCCAGGAUGAAAAGAAUCAGCUAAUGACAACCAAUGUAUGGCUGAAACAGGAAUGGAUUGACCACAAAUUGUGCUGGAAUCCUGAAGACUAUGGUGGGAUCACAGCAAUUCGGGUCCCAUCUGAAUCCCUGUGGCUCCCAGAUAUUGUUUUGUUUGAAAAUGCGGAUGGCCGCUUUGAAGGUUCGUUGAUGACAAAAGCCAUCGUCAAAUAUAAUGGGAUAGUAGUCUGGACACCUCCAGCAAGUUAUAAAAGUUCCUGCACUAUGGAUGUAACCUUCUUCCCAUUUGACAGGCAGAAUUGCUCAAUGAAGUUUGGAUCAUGGACCUAUGAUGGCAGUAUGGUCGACUUAAUCCUAGUAGAUGAAAAUGUGGACAGGACAGACUUCUUUGAUAAUGGCGAGUGGGAAAUCCUAAAUGCGAAGGGAAUGAAGGGAAACCGGAAAGAUGGCUUGUAUUCCUACCCUUUCAUCACCUAUUCUUUUGUUUUAAGACGCCUCCCUCUAUUUUACACCCUCUUCUUAAUCAUCCCAUGCUUGGGAUUAUCUUUUUUAACAGUGCUUGUUUUUUACUUGCCUUCUGAUGAGGGGGAAAAACUGUCACUCUCGACUUCUGUCUUGGUCUCCCUUACUGUUUUUCUCUUAGUCAUUGAAGAAAUCAUCCCCUCUUCCUCCAAAGUUAUCCCUUUGAUUGGGGAAUACUUGUUGUUCAUCAUGAUUUUUGUAACCCUAUCAAUCAUCGUGACUGUUUUUGUCAUUAAUGUGCACCAUCGUUCAUCAGCAACCUACCAUCCAAUGGCUCCUUGGGUGAAAAGACUCUUCCUCCAGAAACUCCCCAGGCUGCUCUGCAUGAAAGGGCAUAUAGAUCGCUAUUCAUUCUCAGAUCCUGAAGGGACGCUGAAACAAAAGCCAGCAAGAAAGCAUAAACACAAGCAAUUCAAGGACAGAGAAAAAAUUGUGAUUGCAUUCUUGGAAAAGGCCGCUGAUUCCAUCAAGUAUAUCUCCAGGCAUGUUAAGAAGGAACACUUCAUCAGGCAGGUAGUACAAGACUGGAAGUUUGUAGCUCAGGUCCUUGACCGCAUCUUCCUGUGGCUAUUUUUGGUGGUGUCUGUGAUGGGCUCCAUUCUUAUAUUCACUCCUGCUUUAAAGAUGUGGUUGCAUAGUGGUUUGUAGAAGCACGCCCUUAUGGGAGAAUUUGCUGAAGGAAAA